UUUUCACACACAUACACAUACACAAUGAUAUUGAUUUUAUAUUAAUUGCCAACAAUUAUUGCUACAACAAUAAUAAAAAUAUUAUGUCAUCACAAACAACAAUCAAUGUUUUACUAUUGGGUGAAACAGGUAUCGGUAAGUCUACGUUCAUCAACGCAUUGGCCAACUAUAUACAGUACGACACACUAGAUGCGGCCAAAUCGGGAGAACCGUUAUGUUUGAUAGCGACACAAUUUAAGGUCAGUGAUGCCGAUUACAACCUAAUUGAUGUUAGUUAUGGGUGUGACCCUAACGAAUGCUACGAACACGAGGGACAAACCGUAACCCAACAGUGCCGCGAAUAUACCAUUGAUUAUGACAAUCAAUCAAUUAGAUUGAUAGACACUCCAGGUAUUGGUGAUACACGCGGUGUGGAUAGAGAUCAGGAAAAUUUUGAGCACAUCCUAGAGUUUAUUGAACAAUACGAUGUAUUGCACAGUAUUUGCAUACUAUUGAAACCUGAUAUGACACGACUGACCGCAUCGUUUGAGUACUGUAUACGCCAAUUGUUAGCACUGUUGCCCAGCGAUGCCGGCGCUCAUGUGGUAUUCCUGUUUACAAAUUCACGAUCGACUUGUUAUCGGCCGAAAAAUACUAUGGUUUUACUGAAAGAGUUGCUCAAUGAGCUCAAACAGGAACCAACCGGUGGUGUGGACAUACCUACCGGUCGGGACAACAUGUACUGUGUGGACAACGAUUCGUUUAAUUUUUUGCUAGCCUUGAGAAAUGGUAUAAAAUUUAGCGAUAAAGAAGUUGCCGAUUAUGGACACGGAUGGAAAAUGUCCGGUACGGAGUGUCGCAAUUGGCUCCGGUAUCUGAGCGACGGUAUGGCCAACAAUAGGCAGCUGGAUGUCAAACGUCUCAAACAGAAACGUCAAACAAAUAUUAUUGAAAAAAUUAUGAUCGAUUUGAUGGGUGAAAUUGAAAAAAUUGACCAGCUCAUUUUGGAUAAUACACACAAAACUAUUAUUAUUAAAUCGAAAAGUAUGACUGACUUGAAGUACAGGGAGGAUAAUAGUUUAGUUAAAUUUGAUGACCUGGAUGAAAAUGUAUCAUGCUCGUUUAGAAAGUUAUUCAGGAGUAUGUUCAAAGUGAAAAAAUCAUCUAGCAACAAAAAUAACAACAAUAAAACUAGUAGUAGUAGUAGUAGUAAAGCUAAAGUGUCCAAUCAAAAACAUAAUGAUCACCAAAAACACUAUGAUAAUGAUGCUUCAAGUGAUGAACCACAAUUAAAACAAAUUGAUCAUGAUAAUCUAGAAUUGGAAACUGAGUAUGCUCAAUUGGUUGACUGUUUAGUUAAAUUGUGCUGGUUUGUUGUUGGUAAUAAUAAUAAUAAUUUUGUCAAUCCUUAUGAUGAAUAUAUUGGCCAAUGUAUUGAUCAGCACAGUAGUACCAAUCUUAUUGAUAAUGAUGAUAACGAUGAUGACGAUGAUUAUGAUAAUGAUCUAGUUAAAUUUUAUAAAAUCAGAUCGGAUCAAUAUAAUCAAUUAGUACAGCAACGUGAUGAUAAUUCAGCUAGUAAAUUGACCAUGCAAGCUAAUUGUGACAUGAUCAAACAAUUAUGUCAAUUGAAAAUAUCGGGCAAAAAUAUUGAAAAAAUUUGUGUGUUAGAAAAGUGA